GGAGGGGCGGAAGAAAACAGAAGGCAGGACUUUCCUUUUUAAAGUGGAUUUCGCGUCCUUCGGCUUUUUGACCUGGGCCUUGUACGUUUGGGCUGCAAGGCUUUGACUGAAAAUGUUUGGGGCCCGCUGCGUAUGCCUGGCUCUUCGGCGUUGUUCUUCUGCUCCGCUCCCUAAGGAUGCAGCCGCGGCCAAACUCCUCUGUGUCCAGGAGGCUUUGGAAGUCCAGAAUCCAACCAAUAAUGAUGUUAAAGUCCAGGGUUGGGUGAAGUCCAUCCGGUCCCAGAAAGAAAUCUUGUUUCUGCAUGUCAACGACGGCUCCUCUCUGGAAAGCCUCCAAGUAGUUGCUGAUCCCGGAUUAGAACCCAGGGAGCUGACGUUCGGGAGUUCUGUAGAAGUGCGAGGGAAGCUGAUCAAAAGCCCUCACAAAAGGCAGAACGUGGAACUAGCAGCGGAAAGCCUUCGCGUGGUGGGAACUUGCGACGUGCUGACCUUCCCCAUGAAGUACAAAACGCAUCACCCUCUUGAAUACCUCAGGCAGUUCCCUCACAUCCGGUGCAGGAGUAAUAUUCUGAGCGCGCUCCUGAGGAUACGCAGCGAAGCAACAGCCGCAAUCCACACCUUUUUUAAGGAUAAUGGAUACCUGCAUGUUCAUACACCGAUAAUUACCUCAAAUGACUGUGAAGGUGCCGGGGAGGUCUUUCAAGUGGAGCCUGCAACUAAAGAUGUUGAACCGGUAGAAAACCCCCAUUUCUUCAAUGUUCCUGCCUUCCUAACAGUGUCUGGUCAACUCCAUUUGGAAGUGAUGACUGGGGCAUUUACCAAGGCGUUCACCUUUGGUCCUACAUUUCGUGCGGAAGAUUCUCACGGUCGCCGGCAUUUGGCGGAGUUUUACAUGGUGGAAGCCGAGCUGGCUUUCAUCAACAGCCUUCAAGAAAUCAUGCAGGUGAUGGAGGAUCUUUUCAAGAAAACAACAGACGCGUUACUGUCCAAAUCUCACGACGUUGGGCUUUUUCAUAAGCAUGUCGCCCCCGGACAAGAGGGCAAGUUAGAACAGAUAUUGAAGAACCAAUUUAUAAUAAUGUCAUACUCAGAAGCCAUAGAGAUCUUAAGGCGGGCUCCCUGUGUUUUCACUUACAAACCAGAGUGGGGUCAGGAUCUCCAACGCGAACAUGAAAAAUACUUGGUCGAGCACUGUGGCGAAGUCCCCGUGUUUGUAUUUAACUAUCCAUAUGACCUGAAACCUAUUAUAUGCCGGGACAAUGAAGAUGGACCUCAUCAUACGGUGGCAGCCGUCGAUCUUCUAGUACCGGGAAUUGGGGAGCUUUGCGGUGGCAGCUUAAGAGAGGACCGUCUGGAUCUACUGCAGUCCCGCCUACGGAGGUUGGGGCAGGAAGACACCUACCAAUGGUACCUCGAGCUGCGACAAUUUGGGUCGACCCCACACGGAGGCUUUGGAAUGGGUUUUGAGCGUUACCUGCAAUGCAUCCUGGGAGUUGAGAACAUCAAAGACGUCAUUCCUUUCCCCAGGUUUCCUCGUUCGUGCCUUUUGUAGCGCUUCCCUUCCAUUUCUGAGAACCAGACUCUUUUGUAAAUCUGCGACCCAUCGGAAUGAUAAAAUGAGGCAUUCCCGGAAGGAUGGAGAGACCCCCUCUUUUUUUCCCACCUGGGCCAGAUCAUCUCAGCAACCUUGAAAGCCUGAAGCUUGGAAGCUGAGGAGAAUUUAUAUUCCUAUGCAGUACUCUGAAACCUACAGAGCGCUUUGCGUAGUAUUCAUGGAAACGUUCCAGAAAACCGGAUCUCUGUGAGCCAGCCACAAGCGGAAUGAAUAAAAGCAACAUUUUGCCAGGA